UCUCUAUACAUUAUGUAUUUUAUGCUUCUGUUAUGUUUUUAGAAAACCUAUCGGCAAGAUAUCAUCUGAGGAACACAUGAAGCAAUUAGUUCACACCUCUGCUAAAAACCCAUAAGCCUGCACUGUCAUAACGAAAAAUGUCAUCAUGGAAUUUCAUCAUUCCUUGUAGUGUGUGAAUUUGUGUGUGUGUGUGUGUCAGUGUGGGUGGAUGUAGGUGACUGAGCACUUCGAAUACUGUAUAUAUAGGCCAGUUUAGUGUAUAUAGAGCAGCAAGUUUUUACAUGGUUUGUUUAUAAAGACCUGCUGGGCAUUCGGCUGCUCGUUAACUGCUGUCACUAUGGACUAUAAACUCAAUGGACUUCUAAGCCAAUGUGUAUUUCUCCUGAUGGUCCUGGAAAUUCAGUGGAGGCCAGUGUUUCCCGCUCCAACUCCAACCAGCUGUGUUGAUGACAAGACUAUUUCUCUUACAAAGCUACUGGAAUGCGAAACAAGCUGGCUACUGGGCGAAUAUAUUAAAUUUCAUGGACCCUUUAAAGCUUCAGUUCCAGACGAAGUACCUGAUUCCACAGUAGCUGGUGUCAGCGCCUCUGAGAAGUUGCAGAACAUCUACAUUAAGAAUAAGCUUUUUCAUUUCCACAUUAGUAAGGUAGAAGAAUAUCAGGAAAAAGAUCUGGGCAACCCUCAAUCUGUUAGGCAACCCCUGACAGCUGUCAAGGUCAGACUCUCCCACCUUUUAUAUAAAAUAGAGGUGCUCAUGGGCAGUGACCCAGAAAUCCUUUUGCCAACAACACCAGCCCUACCACAGUUGUCCCAGACACAUGACUUUGCAAAAAAAGUAUAUGGUUGGGGUGUCAUAGUCAGACUGAAGGACUGGCUUACCCAAGUGUCGCAGGUACUGGAAAAGGUGGAAAAGGAAGUCUGUGAAAGACAGCGGGGCAAAUCCUGAAAAGUCUGAGAAAGUUACCAUGACUUUUUCACUUGUAUCUGUGUCCGUUCUGGUAUAUUCUGUCAUGCUGCCAUUUUCUUACCCAAGCCAAGGUAAACUUGUCACCACCUUAUCUGCGUCUGGUCAUCCUGUUGGCUGUGCUUUAUGGAAAUCAGCAUGUUUGGAGUCAGUAGUCAAUUUUGUCAACCUUUGGCUGCAGAACCUGGUGGAAAAUCAGUGUAGUGUGUGCAACAUUAUAGCUACUCUAUCCAUACAGACCUGUUGGGUAUAUUUUAAUUUAGAAUCUUAUACCAGUUGUCAUUUGUGUCAUUUACAGUUUUUCUGACAUGACAUGACUUAAUGUGAAGCGUAUCUAUGACCAGCAGACUGAGACGUAGCUUAAUUUUGAAUUAUUUAUUGAAUAUGUUUAUUUAUUUAAACUAUUAUUAUUAUUAUUAUUAUUUUAUAAUUAUUGUGACAAUAGAACUUUAUUUGUAAAAUGAGGCACCCGUCUCUAAACAACACUCAUAAUACACUUAGUGGUCCAAUGUUUGAGUAACUCUGUUAUUUAUAAAUUAGGGAUUUAUUAAUUAGAUAACAAAACAUAUGUGUAAGUUGUGUUUCAUUUUUGUUAUUUAUUUUAUUGUGUGUAGAUUUAGGCCAUUCACUGGUCAGCAGUGGGAAAGUG